AUUUGGUAAAACAGAAUUUCAUGUAAAAAUCAAAAAUCCCUAAAUUUCGUCUUGUGUGCUUGUCAUCAUUGUUCACUAGCAAAUGGCAUGGCAGAAUACAAUGGCAGCGAGCAGUGGCGGAGUAGAUUGGACGUCUGUGUUAAAACCGUUCUUAUCGAAAAAUUAUGAGACUUCUAACACAGCAGAAUUGAUAGAGUUAUGUUCAGCUAUUGUUAAAAGUGAAUCGGAGAUUUUACGCCACAAAGAAAGUAAUAAAAAUUUCUUCAAUUCAAUUGCUGUUUUAGCUUCUGAUUACAUCAGCAGUAGCACCAGCGGCUUAUUAACGAGCCAAUUAGAGACUGUGAACGCCGCAUGUCGUGUGUUGUUAAAAUAUUUAUUAAGUGCCCUGAAUGCUGCGUGUAGUGAACCGAAUCAAAGUAGCGCCCAAAUCGAGAGGUAUUUAAAUGCAAUUAAGGUAUUGUGUAUAGGUACAAGACUUCUCUCCACCACGGAGGUGACCAUUCUAGUCGACAGCAUGAAAGGGGAAAAUUUACCACAGCAGAAUCCUGUGCCUUCAGGCAAUGAAAGAGAUGUUAGUAAUAAACAAGAAUCGUCUAAACAUCGAUCUGACCUCUCAGUCAGUAUAUACGAACAAUUGACUUUGCCUUUAAGAGAUGGUCGUACUGCAUCUCAAGAUAUUGGAGCCAGUGGUUCGUCAACUGCACCCGAAUUGACUUCAGGAAGUGACCCAUCAUCAGAAAUAAAUCGGUUGUUCCUAAAAGCGAACACUGAAAGUUUGCAAGCCUUACGAGCAGGAGAUACAUUAAUUGAUCUUUGUCUCAGUUUACCAUCAAUAAAAAAGGCCAAAGGCAAAGUAGAGGAUGCUCUAGCUGGCAAACCUUUUUGUAUACCAACUAACCAUACCGAAGCAACAGCCCUUAGGAAUAGUUUAUCCUCGACGUUAUCUGAUAUAAAUUUAGCGAUGUCAGCCCUAAAUCUACCAGUUUUGGAACCUUUAACAUCGAGUAAAUUGGAUAAAUUAUGUAGUCUCGCAAUGGCUGUGUUACAUUGCGCUUUAAGUCAAGCUGCGGCUGCUGCAGUACUUUCCAUGGGAUCAGUUGUUUCACCAAAAUGUUCCAAUCAACAAUCUCAAGCCGGUCUAAAAGAAGAUGAUUUGGAUUCUAACGCCGUAGCUUUGGUUGAGGAAACUUUAAACAUGUACAAUUUUAUCGGAAAUGUUAUCAAGACAUCGACAAGAGCCGGAGGACACGUGUAUCAAAAUUAUUUAUUAGCUGGUGCAUGGGUACUCAUAUCGGGUCUUCAGACACACCUAAGUUCAAGUACUUCUGUAGAAAAGACUACGCAUCUUAGAGAAAGGGAUGAAAAGGGUAGAAGUCCCUGUAAAACUCGAGAAGGGAUUACGGCUAGAUCGGGACUACAAAAAUUCCAACAAUCUUUCGGCGUGUUAUCGGUAGCUCUCGCUUCCAGAGCUUUAAGUUUACUUUCGGAAUUAUUUGAUGAUUUGUAUUUGGAAGUAUGUGGAGGUGCAGGUAGUAUUGUACAGGUGGAACCUGCUCCGUUAGCAAUAAUGGGCCAAUUUACUGCUUUACAAAGAGUUUCAAGAAUAUUGAACGCCGCCCCCUUGAAUCACCUUUUAUUUUACCUAGCUAUCGUUAGUUAUCGAAAGGCGUGCACCCUUAAAAGAUUACACCCUCCAGAGGGCGAUACAUUCAGUCAAUCAGAUUCUACAACAUAUUAUGAAGAUAUGAUCAUGUGUUCAGAUGAUAGUUCCACAGAUGAAGAUGAUGAUAGUGAACCGAUAUUAGGACAGUGGUUUGAGGAAACCUUAGCCCCGCCGGAAACGACAGAAACUAAAUCCCCUUCAUCGGAAAACGUCGAAACAAAAACUGUACAAAACGAACGAUCUCGAUCUAUGGUACCAGAAAAAGGCGAAGCUCACGGAUUCAUUGCUUUAUCCACCAACGUUUUCGUGUUUCUAAACAAACAUUUUUUGAGUACAAAAAGUACGUUCAUAUCAAGAUACGUCAAGAAUGGUCUCACCGAACAACAGAUGAUUAUCCUUGCGGCUAUUAUUAGAGAUUUGGACAGGGAAACCGCCAGAACUGAAAUAGGUAAAUUCCAAAAAACUGUACUGGAAAUGAUUUUAUUGGAUAGUAAAUCUACCGUAGUAGAAUUUUUAGCAUACACAUUUUCAGGUACAAUUUCCGUAUAUUUUGGUCAAGCUCUUGGUCAACUAUAUUGCGAAUUUUCCGGAGCUCUAACAAGAUUCGCCCAUAAUUUAGUCACAAAUGGCAACUUGAGCAAUUUACAAGCUUGUCUACUUAAUCAUUUGGGGGUGUCUCCUUGGAACACAGACGUACCACAUGCGUGGCCUUUACAAGUUUACCCAAGAACUCUGGCGGUUCUAGCACAGGUAUUAUUAUUGAGACCGCAAAACGAAAAAGAAGCAUCUGUCAUUAGCAUUUGGCAUAGAUUAGUUAAUACUUUAAUCGAAAACGUUCUCAACAAUGCACACAGUUCUCUUUAUGAUAAUGAAACCGAAGAUUUGAACGUUGAACAUGCACAAGUUUUAUUAUAUUUAUUCCACUCUCUAAAUUUAAUGCAGAAAAAAUCCGUUGUGUUACUAAUGGCAGGGGGUGUUUUAAGAUGUUCAGAAAUAGCCAGAGGUCCCCUCAAAGAUUUCCAAUUACUGCAUUUAUCUAGAUUAUUAUUGUUAUUUGAUUAUAUAAUGAAACAUCUUUACGAUCCGCCAACAUCUUUAUUAGAACAAAUCCAGUCGAAUCUUUUCUAUUUAACCAACUUGAAUCCCGAUAAAGAGAAAGAUAAUACGAUGACAAGAAUGUAUACAGCUUGGCAAGAUAUAGAAGAUCAUUAUAGGAAGGUUUCGGGAGUGGAUGAAUUUGCAAUGAAACCGCGUUUUUAUGUUUUAACCAAUUUGGAAGUGAACAAUCAAGACGCUCCCAAAUUGGACGGCCUCGCUUGCAAUUUCAUCUUGGGAACCCCGGAUAAAUUGAAGUAUCCUUUGCUGUUGGACGCUUUAAUUGAAAUUCUCAACGUUACUCAUAUUACAUCCGGAACUAAUACUGUGAAGAUGAGCUUUUUGGGACUGUGUGCUACUCAAUACUGUUUCACCAUAUGUUGGAGGUUAUUGCAGUUGCUUCCACCAUCGGCUUCUUACAUGGAACGGUUGGCAACCGGUGAAAGUUUAACGGCUGGACCCCUUUUAUUGCAUUCGUUGGUUUGGGGACCAAGAGCGUCGCAUAAAAAUUUCAGUAGAUGGUUAAAAGAUUGUCUAGUCAAACAAGGAAUGUAUACCCAACAUACGGAUAAAUUACUUAAAGAAGUAUCAGACGCUGUCAAUAAUAUUAAAUAUGAUAUUAUGAAUGUUAAAAAUUGUAUUAUUUCAUUGACUCCCGAUGUCAAAAAAGGUUUGAUAACCAAAGAAAAUCUUCCACCGUUUUGGCAUUUAUUUUUACUUGAUGCCCUAAUGACAAAAGUUCAAGUAGCUUUAGAAGAACCAGAAGGUUCAACAGAAAGUACAUCAAUAACUGUAUCUGAUGGUACUUAUGUUCAAGACUUGUUGCCGUACGUUUUAAGACUAACUCAGGCGAUAUUACAUUGUACUAGAUGGUCCCUGUUACAUACCAUAGUAGAUCAAAAUCCAUCUUGCGAAAAAUUCUUUAUACAGAAUUUCGAAGGGUUACAAGACGUUUUAGCUAUAGCUUCAACUAAAAAUAGCCUAACAAGUUCGUUGUCUUCAGAAUUAACUAGCUUAUUACCAUCUUGUGUUACACCAGCGCAAUUACAGAAUUACAAAUCGAUAUUGGAAGACUUUUCAUUGAGUUCUUACCAGAAUGAUAUAAUUCCAACUGAGAGCGCAAUUUUAAAAGUAAUAGAUGCUCAUAUAUCCACUUUGUCUAUGAAUAAUCGUUAUAAUGUGAAUUUUUCUCUUCGACGUCUACUACAGUGUUUGGUUAAAUUCAUUUGCGACCACGCUCCUAAAACAGAAAAUACAGAUACCAAAAAUAAAGCUAUAGAACUAUUAGUAUCUAUAACGCUCGAUUUGAGAACUGAAUAUUUGAAUGAUAGCGUAACUAAAACUUUAGAUAAAAUGAUUGGUGACACCGAAACCGAUGAACACCAAAAACGAAUAUACCUGAGAGUCCUAGAUCACACUUACAGAUUAAUAAUCAAUUACACAACGGGAAAUUCUUCAAAUUACAGUGCUAACAUCGAUGAAAAAAUUUUGCAUCACUGUUUGAAAUUCUACGAAAAAAUAAUAGAAAAAUCGUCAGGAAGACAAGCUCUAGAAAUUUUCUUUACUGGAGAAAGAGAUUUGGUAAAAGUCUUGAUGUCCGUAUCUAGUCCACAAAUGUCUCAACAUUACGGUACAAGGGUACUACAUUUUUUCAAUAAACUCUUCCAAGCUGCCGAAAAAAGUUCAACGGAUCCUAGUUUGAACUAUUUGUGUUCGAGUAUGAGUAAACUAGCCAACGUCGACAGCGAAAAACUCCAAACUUGGUUACGUCAAAUUAUCUUAGGUACCAGCACCAUCGAACCGACAGUCACAACUACGGUUACUAUUAAUAAAGACGAAUCGCCGGCAACUUCUAGCGGUGGAAAAUGGACAAUAACCGCAGUGGAAAGUAAAGACACAACUUCUCCCACGUCUAACGACGAUCAAAAGUCUUUGGUACAAGAAAAUAGCCAGUUAUUACAGGCUUUGACAACUUUUAUUGUUAAACAAACUAGUAAUGUAUCCGAAGAAGUUUCGAUAACCAUACUGAAGGCGUUGAUUGAGUUAGGGAAGCAUUUGUUGUCUCCCAGUCUGGAAGGUAGUGGAUUUAUUGAUUUGAUGGUCGAUAUGAUUUUGUUGGCAAAUGCUGGAUCCGGUAAAGGACACAGUUACCUAUUCCCUGCUACAGCCGAAUGGAUUGAAUUAUGUAAUAAGCGUAUUUCAGAAAAAGAGGUAGUAGAAAAACUGAUGAGCGAUCCCGAUUCAAUGAAGAACAACACCAUGUUGGAAGCAUCAUCCUGUAUAUUAGAUUACGUUAGUGACGUUGUAUUGACAGUAACAUCUCAACUACCUCAACUGAUCCGACCGUUAAGUCCACCAUGGGAAAGCGAAUCACCAUUAGAUUUAGAUAGUGAAUGGCAGGAUUUUGCCAACGAAGAUGACGAAAGCGGAGAAGAUAGCGACGAGGAUUCUCUUUGCAACAAACUGUGUACGUUCACCAUAACCCAAAAAGAAUUCAUGAAUCAACAUUGGUAUCAUUGUCAUACAUGUAAAAUGCUGGAUGGUGUCGGAGUGUGUUCUAUAUGCGCCAGGGUGUGUCACAAGGGACACGAUUUGAGUUACGCCAAAUACGGUAAUUUCUUUUGUGAUUGUGGGGCAAAAGAGGAUGGCAGUUGUCAGGCUCUUGUCAAAAGAAGUCCUAUGGCCAAUGAAGCUAGUAACGUUGCCGCCGGAACGAGUUCAGAACAUAUGCUAACUAGUUCAUUGAGAAGAAGAACUUCCAGUCCUCUACCUACCGAUAAAUUUCAGAUUUUGCUUAAAGAAAGAAAAAAUUCCAGUACCGUCAAACAAAUGGACGGUUCCAAAGAGUUCAUUAUUAAUUAUUUGGGAUCUAGUAAAGUCACCGGUUCUUUAUUAGAGUUUUUGCAAUCUCUUCUUCCGGCUAUUGAAGAAAACUGUCGGAAAACUUCUCUAGUGGGUUGCCACAUUCGCGGAACCAAAGCAUUACAUCAAUUGUAUUCGUGUGAAAAGAAAUUCAUGCACACUGAUCAGCUCAUGGUACCCACUUUGGGAUCUCAAGAAGGUGCCUUUGAAAAUGUCCGAAUGAGUUAUGCUGGAGAACAAGGGCAAACGAUAAGACAAUUACUGUCCGCACACAUAGUGAGAAGAAUAGCGAUGUGUUGUAUGACUUCAACGCAAGGUCGCAGGCAACAUCUGGCAGUAUCGCACGAAAAAGGAAAAAUAACCGUAUUACAGUUAUCGGCUUUAUUAAAACAAGCAGAUUCGUCGACAAGAAAAUUAACAUUAACACGUUUAUCCACGGCGCCGAUACCGUUCACGGUGUUAUCUCUAUCCAGUAAUUUAUGUAACGAAGAUUUCUUAGCGGUAUGCGGUUUGAAAGACUGUCAUAUACUGACUUUCACUUCUGGCGGUUCGGUUUCUGAUCAUUUAGUGCUACAUCCACAAUUGGAAACUGGUAAUUUUAUCGUCAAAGCAAUUUGGCUACCGGGAUCUCAAACAAAAUUAGCCUUAGUGACUGCAGAUUUUGUAAAAAUAUACGAUUUAGCUUUGGACGCACUAAGUCCACAGUAUUUCUUUUUGGUACCAAGUGGAAAAAUAAGAGAUUGUACUUUUAUGUAUGAGGGAGGAACUUAUCAUAUUCUGCUGAUGUCUUCACCUGGACACAUCUACAAGGAAAUUUUAAACGAAGAUUCGUCCACGAAAUAUGGAUCCUUUUAUGUUACCAAUACUUUAGAUAUCUUCAACUUGGAAGCUGCAGAUGUAAAUGGUCAAGUUGCCGGAGGUGGUGUUUCCAUCUACUAUUCCCACACCUUAGGUCUUCUCUUCUACAGCUACGCCCAAGGAAAGAGUUUCGUAUCUCCAAUGAAUCCUAGUUCCAAUAGUCUUCCAUUAGUAUUUCCCAUAAAUCUUCCUCAAAAUAAUAACAGUACCUCAAAAAGCAACGGUUCCAAAAAUUCCUCAGCUCAACCGUUAUGUCAAUGGACAGAAAUUCCUAAUCAUCCAGGUUUAAUAUGCUGCGCUAUACAAUCUAAUAACAAUCCAGUCAUUCUGAUGAUCAAACCUGAUACUAUCAUGAUACAGGAAAUCAGAGUUGUGCCCGCUAAAAGUAAGAUCAUGGAUAUGGUGGCUAUUAGACAUAAUUCAGGAAACGAACUAAGAACCACUUUGAUUUUGUUGUGUGAAGAUGGUAGUCUCAAGAUGUAUAUGGCAAAUAUGGAUCAAACAGGUUUUUGGAUGUCGCCGAGUAUACAAGCAACAAUAACUAACCCAACGGUUAAACAAAAGAAAAAGAAAGUCGUUAAAUCGGGCAAGACAACAAAUUCUCUAAACUUUCCUGUUGAUUUCUUCGAACAUUGUACAGUAAUGAAUGAUGUAGAGAUAGGCGGAAACGAUCUUUUGCAAAUAUACAAUCAAGCUCAGUUGAAACACCGUCUCAACACUACCGGAUUGUACGUGGCUUGUAAUAAACCCGUAGGAUUUUCUAUUGAAGUAACAAAUAACGACGCCAAUAUAGUAAUGGUAGGAUUAAGAGUUUUGGUCGGUAGUCAGGACGUACAAAGAUGUCCGUCGUUUAUUGAGGUAUUUGGUCGUAUUACUCCCAUAACCCCAACCCGCAGUCGUUGGUACGACAUACCGUUUUCCCGAGAAGAAAGUUUACAAGCCGAUAAAAAAAUAACCAUACUUUUCGGUCCUUCUGAAGAUCCGGAGACCGUUACAAUGGUUGAUAGUAUAAAGUUAUACGGAAAAACGAAAGAUUCAUUUGGGUGGCCGGAAGAAAACGACGAAAACGUACCGUCUACAGGUACCGGAAAUACGCAACAAGUAGUUACGGCAACUGAAGGUGAACAAAAUACUAGUAGUAGAACGCAGUUGACCAGACUCGAAAAACUUGUAGUUUCUAUAUUGGAAUCUCUGGAUGGUAACUUCUCCCUCCAUUUGACAGAAGAUAAACUGUCUAAAUUUAAAAUUCCAACUCUUAAAGUAGCUACAUCGUUAUUAACGCUUCCCACUCAACCUUCGAUACAGAUCCACACUAAGGCUUUAUUAUCAUCCCUUCAUUCCACUAGACAACUGUACCACAAUUACAAAGAUCACGCUUUGUUGCAACACGUUUUGACAACUUUGACAGAAAUGACAACCUCUAAUGUCAAAGAUUUAGACGCGGAAAGUUACUACAGAUUAGUAUUGAUUGUGAGAGGUAUCGCUGUAGCUAGACCACAGAAUUUGGUCAAAUUUGCCGAUAGUCAUACUUCAAUACAAGAUGUUGUACUCGAAGAUCCAUUGGAUAACGUUAAAGAUAAAGAAGGUACUUCCAAAGAGGCGAAAACAACGGAACAUAAGCCACAAAGUCAACACCUUUUGAUUCAACUUAUAGACGUUUUGUGGUACUUGCAUUCGUCAAAACCCGAAAUUCCUUCGCUUUCGUUAGUCGUCGCGCAAGGACUAAAACACACCGAACAAAUAGUACACGCUCUAGUUGAAAUAGUUCACGCCUUUAACAGCAGCGAUACUUACAGUAAUAUAACUAUAGCGAUAUAUCUUCAGUUGUUGUUAUGUAGCGAUCCAUUGAUAGCGUUCAGCGCUAAACAAGCUCUUAGUGUCGUACUUAAACCAAAAGCAAAAAGAAGGAAAGUAUUUAUUCCGAGUCCGCCGCAUUGCGUCUCACCGCCACCUAUACAAAAGAAUAACGAAGACAGAAGUAAAACGCAAACUAGUAAUCAACCACCAUCUUCUAGUAGCCAUGAAGAAACUGUCCAACACAGACAACCGAAUCAAUAUGACGUCGAUUCUGUGGAAGCUAUUUCAUUGUUGGAACAACCCGGUCACCAACAGGAUAACGUUAAUCCUUUAGAAGCGUUGCUCGGGGGUGGAGUAGGAUUUCCCCCUUUGUUAGAUAUACCUCCAGACGCCGAUGAUGAAGCUAUGGUAGAGUUGGCUAUAGCCUUAAGUUUACAGGAACAUGAAAUUGGCGGUGAACAAAACCAAGUCAACUUACAAAGUCUCCAAGUUCAAUUAGGACAAGAUGUAUUAGUUCAUCAAGGGCAGAAUGCACAAGCUCAAGAAGCUGCUAAUUUCAGUGAUACUACAGCUUCGGCUGCCGGUUCGGACGAUGAAGGUUCCACGGCGGCUACGGACGGUUCGACAUUGAGAACAUCCCCUGCCGAACAAGCCGGAUCCGAAAGCGGAGGUAGCGGAGUGGAAAGUAUAACCGGUGAACAUAACGUAUCCGGCAGUGUUUUUUGUCAUAGAUCAUCAGCGUAUGGCGAUAACAUGCAAGAAACUAUCAACUUGGUAUCUAGAUCCGAUACCAGCUCAAUUGCGAACACCGUCGGCGGUAUGACCGAAACUGACGCGCAACAAGACGAAGCGGAAAUCGAAACGGAAAAUAGCAGCAGACUUCACGUACUUAGGUUGCAGCUAUUGGAAAAAUUGAUCGACUAUUUACCAAAAUUGAAAAAUGUAGAUGGUGUUAGAGCGAUACCGUUUUUGCAAGUCGUACUCCAACUUACAUCCGACAUCGAUGGACAUUGCGAGCGGGAUCGAACAUGUUUAAACGCCCUUUUGUCCACUAUAAUAAACGAAUUGCAAUUGACUAAUGACAACUUUGUUGAUAUUUGUACUAGAACUAAACAGCGAGAAGUACAAUUGAUUCUACUAAGACUUAUUAGCGUAUUCAUGCAGAGAUGCAAAACAUCAUCAACUCCAUCUUCGUCAAGUAGUAAAACACCAGCAACGGAUAAUUCGACUUUCGUUUCUCGAACUACGGCGACGGCUUUACACAAAUCCGAUAUAAUAAAUUAUUGCAACAAACUCCUUCAGUCGCUGUUGAAUUAUUGGAAAGCAUCAUCGAAUGAAGACGAUUCAAAUAGCGUUACUGGCAAUUUACUGAAAGAGCGAUUACCUCAUCCGCCACCCGACAUGACUCCGUUUUUCCAACGACAAUUCGUCAAAGAUAACCAAGACGUAUUUCAGACUUAUCCUCAACUUUUGACUGAAAUAGCUUUGAGGUUACCGUAUCAGGUACAUAGACAUUCUGAAAUUUCGGAACCGAUCAGUUCUGCGUUUGACGUUUCUUGGUACAAUCACCUUUGCGAUUACAUGAUGACACCUCAAACGCCAUUCGUACGAAGACAAGUUAGAAAAUUGUUGAUGUUUAUUUGUGGUAAUAAAGAUACAUACAGACAAUUGAGGGAUCUACAUGGUUUGAAAAAUCACAUGAAGAGAGUAAUGGAGUGUUGUACAAAAGCCGGUUAUCAACCUACUACAGACGUACAGCACGCCCUCAGUCUACCCUAUGAUUCCCUAGUUGAAUUAAUAGAACAUCUUAAAUAUUGCGUUGAAGUCGCCCAAAGUCGAACAGGUAACUGGCAACGUUUCUGUAUAAAAGAAGAAGAUAUCAUUCAGUUUUUGAUGCGAGUCAGUUUCUUGUUGGACGACGGCGUCGCUCCUACGAUUCUACAGCUGUUACAAUGCGCUUUAGUAGUAAACUCUCCGACCGUUAAAAGAACUGACGUUGCCAAACCGACCACUUCUAGAAAAGAACGAGAAAAAUCCGACGAUUCUAGUACAGAAGCUUUAUUCGAAGAAUCCAAUUCCGUGCUUUUAGUCGAACAAAUCUCCAAGCAAGUAUCCAGAGAAGUAUUCGCAAGAUUUACGAAAACUUUUAUGCUAGAAACGAAUAUAACAUCAGUGAGGUGGCAAGCUCACGCGUUGAUACAAGCAAUUUAUAAAAACUCCCUACCAAAAGAUCAGCAAUCGAUAUUGGAAUUAUUGUGGCAAUUGUGGCCUUUAUUGCCGGUUUAUGGUCGCAAAGCGGCUCAAUUUGUGGAUCUUUUGGGUUAUUUCUCACUCAAACAUACCGAAGUACCCGAAGGUGCACCACUUAUUCCUGAAUACGUUGAAAGAGCUUUCGGCGUGCUUAAAGCGCAAAAUGAGAUGCUGGCGCUUCAUCCUAACGCUAACUUGUACGCUCAUAUGGGUCAAUUUGUAGAUUUAGAUGGUUACUAUUUGGAAUCGGAACCUUGUCUGGUCUGCAAUAACCCCGAAGUACCUUUUACAGUGAUUAAACUUAGUUCUAUCAAAGCGGAUUCAAAAUUUACUACAACAACUCAAAUAGUUAAACUUUUAUCCAGUCACACUAUUAGUAAAAUAACUAUAAGGAUAGCAGAGUUGAAAAGGACAAAGAUGGUGAGAACGGUUAAUAUCUAUUAUAAUAAUAGAUCCGUACAAGCGGUGGUGGAAUUGAAAAAUAAACCGGCUUUAUGGCACAAAGCUAAAAAGGUGACAUUGCAAUCGGGACAAACCGAAGUUAAAAUCGAGUUUCCUUUACCGAUAGUAGCCUGUAAUUUGAUGGUGGAAUACGCCGAUUUUUACGAAAACAUUCAAGCUUCAUCGGAAACUUUGCAAUGUCCUAGAUGCAGCGCUUCCGUUCCGGCUAAUCCGGGCGUCUGCGCCAAUUGCGGAGAAAACGUUUAUCAAUGCCACAAAUGUCGCGCUAUCAAUUACGACGAAAAAGAUCCGUUCCUGUGUCACGCUUGCGGUUUUUGUAAAUACGCUAAAUUCGAUUUUAGCUUAUUGGCCAAACCUUGUUGCGCCGUCGAACCAAUAGAAAACGACGAAGACCGCAAAAAAACCGUUUCCAGUAUAAAUUCUUUAUUAGAAAAAGCCGACAGGGUUUACAAACAAUUAAUAGCGAACAAACCGACUUUAGAGGCUUUAGUACUCAGAAUAACUGAGCAUAGAUCGGAUAAUAAAGUCGAAGAGACUAGCAGUAGUUCAUCUAAUAAUUCUACGAAUUCCACGGCAGGCGCUAAUGCUACAUCCGGACCUCAAUUGAAAGUUAAUAAAACAAUUCAGAUGCUGGCUCAACAAUAUUGUAAUGAUUGUAAGACUUCCUUUGAGGAAUUGAGCAAGAUAAUACAGAAAGUGUUGGUUUCCAGGAAGGAAUUGGUAACUUAUGAUAGAAAGCACAGGGAUAUGGAGCUUCCGAAAUCCACACCGGUUUUAAGUGAAGUUCUAAUAAAUUCACCUUGCGUGAAUAACCGUUGUUACGGUUGUUCAACUGCAGCAACCGAACACUGUUUAACCCUGUUGAGAGCAUUGGCGCACAACCCAACAACUAGACAAGUUCUUUGUUCCCAAGGGCUCGUUCAAGAAUUAGUUUGGAAUAAUUUGAGAAACGGUAGCGUACACAAUCAAGAAGAAGUCAGACAAUUACUUUGUGUACUUACUAAAGACAAUAGAACGGCCACAGAAGAAUUGUGUAAUCUUUUAAUGGAGAGAAUAAGUUUGAGUUUAAACGGACACAUAAGUUCUGCUGAUAUAGGUACAAGCGUUCGGCAUGAAAUAGCUCUGUUGGCUGCAAUGGUGCGAAAAGAAGACGAUUGCUGGGAACUGAAAUUACAAUGCAUGAUGGGACUGUUUUUGAAAGCAUGUGAAGAUUCCAAGAAUCCCUUGGUGAUGGAAUCUGUAAUUUUACCAUGCUUGAAAAUUUUACAAAGUCUAAUGAAAACGCCUGAAAUUAAUAAUAAAAAAAAUAAGGAUAAAUUAAAUAGCGUUAGUAGUAUACAAAAUAUGGCGUUAUCUGGUGAGACGGUAGACGUUCGUAAAUUUUUAGAAAAAGAUCAGGAACAUACAUUCAACGGUUGGAAAUCUAGAUUCCCUAAAUCACCCGAAUCUUCUACUAUAAUCAAACCCAGCAAAGAUGAGACAAGAAAAUAUUACCUAGCGGAAAAAUAUUGGCGAAAAUGGCGAAGAAACUCCAAAAAAUUAUACACCAGCAAAACGCUGAAUCUUCACGAUACCUCUUGGCUAAAAGCUGUCAUGUUUAAUUCUAGUUCACGCUUGGCGCGUCAAGUAGCUUGUAAUAUCGUAGAAAUGAUGUGCAGUAGUUUCGAACGUAAACGUGACAUAUUGGACCUUCUCACGAAUUUCUUAGUCCAACUUAGCACAGCCGGUGAAAGCGCUGCGGAAUUCUUAGCUAUUUAUCAAAAUCUAAUUCAAGAAGCCCCUUGGAAACAGUACCUAACUAUUAACGGUGUACUUUUGAUGUUAGCACAUUUAAUAACCGUAGAAAUUGAACAACUACAUAUACUUGAAGAAACGACAUUAACUUCGGAUCUGGCUCAAGGUUACGCUUUGAACCAGAUCACGGAAUUGUUGUCUUCUUUCUUGGACGAUGCCGCUAUUAGACGGCAAUAUAAAGGUAGAUUAGUUGGAGCUGUUUUGAAUGGAUAUUUAUCUUUGAGAAGACUCGUGGUACAAAGAACCAGGUUGAUAGACGAUACUCAAGAAAAGCUUUUGGAUUUAUUAGAAGAUAUGACUACAGGUACGGAAGAAGAAACUAAAGCUUUCAUGUCAGUCUGUAUUAAAACUGUGGAACGAUACAGUCUCCAAGAUAUUCUAACGCCAGUUUUUAUAUUUGAACGGCUCUGUUCAAUAAUAUAUCCAGAAGAAAAUGAUGUAGGUGAAUUUUUCUUAACUCUAGAAAAGGAUCCGCAACAGGAAGACUUUUUACAAGGUAGAAUGUUGGGAAAUCCUUAUUGUAGUCUCGAAGCUGGAUUGGGACCAUUAAUGAGAGACGUUAAAAACAAGAUUUGUCAAGAUUGUGAAUUGGUCGCGCUUUUAGAAGACGACAACGGAAUGGAAUUGUUGGUUAAUAAUAAGAUUAUGAGUUUGGAUUUACAAGUUAAAGAUGUAUAUAAAAAGAUUUGGUUGGCUGAGGGCGGUGACCACGAACCUAUGCGGAUUGUGUACAGAAUGAGAGGACUUUUGGGAGACGCCACCGAAGAAUUUAUAGAAAAUUUGAAUAAUAAAUCUCAAAGUGAUAUUGAUAAUGAAGAAGUCUACAAGAUGGCGAAUGUUUUAGCCGAUUGUGGAGGAUUACAAAUAAUGGUAACGAGAUUGGGAGCUAUUCAAAGUGUUACAAGAGCCAGGCCUCUUUUACAGGUGUUGUUAAAAUUAUUUAGGUUGUGUGUUAAAGUUAAUCGGUGUCAAGAAGUUUUAAUACAACCUCAAUUGAAAUCGAUGGAAGUAUUUUUGCGUACUUUGCAACUGUGUUUGAAUAGCGAUAGGGAUUCUAGUCAAACGGGAGUCACCGAGCAACUAUUAGACAUAAUGGAAACGAUUUUGUCGAAAGCUACCAGUGAACCUGAAGAGAAAUUUAAAGAGUUUUCGAAAACGCUAGGAAGUGCGGAUUAUGUGAAAUCUCUACUGUCAUGUACUAAUCAGCAAGUAAUUAAAAGCAAUUCCGUUCUAGUCCAUUUAACCAGAGUAUUAGCAGCUUUGGUAUACGGAAAUGAAGAAAAGAUGAAAAUUCUACUAGAUCAUUUCAGCUCCGUCCUGGAUUUCAACAAAUACGAUUCGGAUCACACACCGGAGGAUCAACAGAAAUUAGAAAUGUUUUGUGUUUUAACAAACAGUAUAGAAAAGAACGCUAUCGGAAAUACCCUAAAAGAUUAUAUAAUUUCAUUAGAUGUAGUUAAAAACGCCGUAGAGUACAUCACAAAGCAUGCGCCUUGCGUUAAACCGACUUUACUUAGAGUUGACAGCGAUGAAUUGAAAGAUUUCAUAUCUAAACCGGCCUUGAAGUAUAUUUUAAGAUUCUUAACCGGUCUAGCGCAUAGUCACGAAAAAACACAGUUGGCGGUAGCUGCUGCCGAAACGAUUCCUAUUAUCCAUAGAUUAGAGCAAGUAUCAUCUGACGAACACGUCGGUUCUUUGGCGGAGAAUCUACUAGAGGCACUAUGUACUAACCCGGACGUUGCCAAGCAAAUAGACGCCGUUAGAGAUUUCACCAGAUCGGAAAAGAAACGACUUGCAAUGGCCAUGAGAGAAAAACAACUCGGUCAAUUAGGAAUGAGAACCAACGACAAAGGUCAAGUGACGGCGAAAUCAAAUAUUCUUCAACAAAUCGAAGAAUUAGGUGACGAAUCUGGUUUGGUUUGUUGUAUUUGUCGAGAAGGAUACGAAUAUCAAGCCACCAAAGUUUUAGGAUUAUACACGUUCACAAAAAGGUGUAAUGUGGAUGAAUUCGAAGCCAAACCGAGGAAAACUGUUGGAUACAGCACCGUUAGUCAUUUUAAUAUUGUUCAUAUCGAUUGUCAUAUGAGUGCAGUAAGAUUGGCAAGAGCUCGUGACGAAUGGGAAUCUGCAGCUCUUCAAAACGCAAAUACGAAAUGUAAUGGUCUCUUGCCAUUAUGGGGACCUCAAGUUCCCGAAUCAUCAUUUGCUAGUUGUCUCGCCAGGCACAACACUUACCUGCAAGAAAGCACCAAUCACAGAGAUAUAGGACACAAUUCCACCAUUCACGAUUUAAAAAUAUUGAUAUUGAAAUUUGCACAAGAAAAAUCCUUCCACGAAGAUACCGGUGGUGGUGGUCCGCAGAGUAAUAUGCACUUGAUACCAUAUUUAAUACACGUGGCUUUAUAUGUGAUAAAUACAACUAGAGUGAAUAAGAGGGAAGAAGCUAAUUUGAUGUUGUAUUUGGAAACUACCAACGUUGAGAAAUGGAUAGAAUCGUCUUAUGAUGCAGAAGGUCCCCUUUAUUGGGCUACAAUGUCAAUUUUACUUCAUUCUCAACAACAGUGGCAAAUGCAUCGGCUAUCUCACCUUAGGAGGUUAAUAAUUUUAGCGCACGCUCGACAUUGUCAACCGAUAGGUCCCGUCAAAACUUUAUCGGAUAAAACAGUCAAGGAUUAUGCAGUUUAUAAACCAUAUUUGAUUUUCUUUGGAAUUAUCGAUGGGAUUUAUAAUUAUUUCUUUAAGACUGUAAGCGGUCCAGAUGAACAGUGGUCGAAUAAUUUAGCAGAUUAUAUCAGACAUAACGACGAAGCUUUAAUGAAGUCUUCUGAGAAGUUAUUGGCUGCUUAUACUGAUGAAUUUUUACCGUGUACUUCCUUUUCUGAAUUCUGUGAUGUGACAGGUUUACUUGAUGUUAUAACCAGUCCCGAUACUUAUAUAAGUGAUCUACUGAAUGGGAUACCUUAAAAAAUCUGUAAAAAUUUUCCGAAUUUAAACUGUAAACAAGGCUGUACACUGUUUUUACUAAUCGCUUGCUGCUAGGUUGUAACCUAAAUAAAUGUAGUAUAUAUUCGCUUAUCGUUGAAGUUUUAGGAAAAAAACUAAAUUAUUGUAACUAUUAUUGAUUUAAUUACAUUAUUUGAAUUACUAAAAUCUUUUAAUUUUUUUAAAUUUGAAGAAGAACGCGUUAUCUUCGAUAUACUACCGAAUAUUAUGAAAAUAAGUUCUCUGUCAUGUUUGGCCAUUUGUAAUAAAUCCAAAACUAACAGA